CGCCCCUCCCUCCGUCAACAACUGGACUCCAGCUAUUUGUAUUUUCACUGCUAGCCUGCUAACGAUAUUCAUUGCGUUUGUAAAAAGGCGAGUUAGCAAAUUUGGAUGGACAUUUAUUCGUGUUUGUUUGCUUGAAACAUACUCCAUCGAUAGCUCGUGCCGAUGUGCAGUCAAUGCAAGCCAAAGGACCGACGAGAGCGGAGAGAUCGCCUUGCUUACCGUCCUUUAGCCGCCACUGAAACCAGCUACAGCUAACACCUCAGGAGAGAUCUCGUUAGCUGGCUGGCUGACAGCUGGCUCGGUUAGCGACGUGCCUUCAACAGUAACGUAGCUAAGAUUUACUCCCUGAAACAAUGAAUCGUCUCUGACAUUGAGAGGACUGAGGCCCAGUUGGUUGUCACAUUGGAGUAACCAGAACUAGCAAAGGUGGGUCUUGGUUGACUCUACGGCGGUGCCAUUGAAGAUAACAGGGUGAGCCGUCAGUCCACUUGCCGAUGAACCCCUGGUUCUGACCUGCCAGAGCUGCCAGUAUGAUGCCGAUGAUAUUGACGGUGUACCUAAGCGAUGGGGAGCAGGCUGUGACUGAGGUGCCCAUCACCCCUGAGACGACGUGCCGGGAUGUCGUCGAGUUCUGUAAAGAGCCCGGCGAGAGCGGCUGCCACCUGGCCGAGGUCUGGAGAGGAAACGAGCGAGCGAUCCCCUUCGAACACAUGAUGUAUGAACAUCUGCAGAAAUGGGGGCCUCGGAAACAAGAAGUCAAGUUCUUCCUCCGGCAUGAAGAUUCACCGACUGAGAGCAGUGAUCAAGGGAGUCAGCAGUCUCCGGAUCAGACGAGUCGCAGAAGUGGAAACACUGGAGAGAAGCACAGUGAGAACGGGGUGGGUAAUCAGCGUGUGGAGCUCACGCUGUCAGAGCUGCAGGAGAUGGCCACACGGCAGCAGCAGCAAAUCGAGGCUCAGCAGCAGAUGCUCGUCGCAAAGGAGCAACGUUUGCGUUACCUGAAGCAGCAGGAGCGGCGUCAGCAGCAAACUGUGUCAGAGAGCGAGAAGAUGCAGAGGCUGAAGGAUCGCGUGGAGAGCCAGGAGGCAAAGCUCAAGACAAUUCGGGCGAUGAGAGGCCAGGUGGACUACAGCAAGGUCAUCAAUGGAAACCUGUCGGCAGAGAUUGAGCAAGUCAGCGGCCUGUUCCAAGAGAAGCAGGUCGAGCUACAGUCGGCAGUGCUGAGGGUGGAGCAGCUCAGCCUGCAGCUGGAGGACCUGCGGCGGGGAAAGCUAAACGGCAUACAGACCGCUCUGGGUGGCCAAGUAACCGGCACCGCCGCCCUCGAGCUCCGUAAACUCUACCAGGAGCUUCAGAUCCGGAACAAGUUGAACCACGAGCAAAACAGCAAGCUGAAGCAACAGAAGGAUCUUCUCAACAAACGCAACAUGGAAGUGACGCUCAUGGACAAGCGAAUCGGCGAGCUGCGGGAACGCCUCUACAAGAAAAAAUCUGAGGCACGUCAAAAAGAAAACCUUCCUCUGAACAGAGCCAACGGGCCUCCCUCUCCUCAGCCAGCUCCUGGUACUCUGGGCCGUGUUGCCGCUGUCGGCCCGUACAUCCAGGUGCCUGUACCGGGCAGACAGGAAGGAGGCUACACCCUACCCCCUGAUCCUCUGAAGCCUCAGACUCUGGGCGUCAAUAACCAAGUCAACCAUGGCCGCACCAAGUCAGACGGUGUGCGAAAGCCUCCCGGCCCUUGGAAAGUGUCCGAUUUAGACAUCGUUGUGGACCCGGUACCCCCGUCCCUUCCAGAAUCGCAUCCGGUCACCGGAGCCUCCACUGGCUCUGUCGGCACGUCCCCGAAUGAUACUGGUUGGCCUACUUUAGGCAAGACCAACACAUCUCUAAAGCCUCCUGAGAGACGAAACUCAGGGACUGAUACCCAGGGAAAGAGCCCUCCCUCAGGCUCCCCCGUCGCUCCAAAUGCAGAAAAGGUGCUAGACUGCAAAAUGGUUGUGUCCUCCCCCGUCAUAUCCAAGCCCCAGCCGCCUCCCUAUGGCUCCCACCUCAUCUCCGCUAACUCGGCCACUUCCUUGGACCGGCGCAAGGAUGCUCCUCCUCUUCCUCCUCCUCGCCCGCUUCCAAACCCGCCAGCUCCGGCUUGGCCCCGCGUCCCCGCCUCCACAGGCUCAUCCUCCCAGCAGAUCCAGCAGCGAAUCUCGGUGCCGCCAAGUCCCACCUUCCAGCCUAAUGCACCGCUUUUCCCUCCCGGGCUGUGCGAGCGUCUGGAUCCCCCGCCAGCUAUUGCAGUACGCCCCUUCAUCCCAGACAGAGGAUCACGGCCUCAGUCGCCCCGAAAGGGCCCACCCACCAUGAAUUCCAGCUCCAUCUAUCACAUGUACCUCCAGCAGGCAGCGCCAAAGAGCCAGCCACUCAAGCCUGCUCUCAAAGCAGUAUAUGGGAAGCCUGUCUUCCCCCCCAGCUCGACUCCCCCUUCACCUCUGCCGUUCGUCCAGGCAGGAGGGGCCUUCCCAUUGCUCCAGGGCCACCUCGGUGGUGAGGACACUUUUGACGGAGAAUUUGAUGAUCACGAGUUCCAGCCCUUAGCGCCUCCUCCCAGUGUGGAGAACAUCCCACGACCACUCAGCCCUACUAAGCUAACACCCAUGGUACACUCCCCACUGCGCUACCAAAGCGACGCCGAUCUCGAGGUGCUCCGUAAAAAGCUGGCCAACGCUCCGAGACCACUCAAGAAGCGCAGCUCCAUCACAGAGCCAGAGGGCCCCAGCGGACCCAACAUCCAAAAGCUACUCUACCAGCGGUUCAACACUCUAGCAGGAGGCAUCGAGGGAAAUGGAGUCAGUGGAUCAGGAGGAGGCAGCGGUGCAGGUAAUGGAACGCCAUUUUAUCAGCCGGCUAAUCCUCCCGCUUAUCUGGGAGGUGACUCUGUGGCUGAUACAGACAAUGGCAACCUCCCCUCUGAGACGCCGCUACCGCCGCCACCGGGGGCAGAGGAGCCGGGCUGUGAGGCUACGCCUACUGAUGCUAAUGACAACGAGUCACUGCCCUUGCCGCCUGAGCUGGAUCCUGCUGAAGACGAGGAAGACGAGGACAACAACAAUAACAACGUGGGAGGCUCUGAGGCGUCGCUGCCGAGCCCCUUGCUGGAGGUGACCACUCCAGAAGAGAGUGGCACAAUGGCCUCACAGCCCCUGGAGAAGCGCACAAACCUGAAGAAGCCAAACUCUGAGCGCACUGGCCACGGCUUCAGGGUGAAGUUCAACCCUCUGGCCCUCCUGCUGGAUGCCUCAUUGGAGGGAGAGUUUGACCUCGUCCAGAGGAUCAUCUAUGAGGUAUGUCACGACUGUGUGGAGAAUCCUAGCACUGCCAACGACGAGGGCAUCACCCCCCUGCACAACGCGGUGUGUGCGGGACAUCACCACAUAGUCAAGUUCCUGCUGGAUUUUGGUGUGAACGUCAAUGCUGCAGACAGUGAUGGAUGGACUCCGCUUCACUGUGCCGCCUCCUGCAACAGCGUUCAUCUCUGCAAGGUGUUAGUCGAGUCAGGGGCCGCUAUCUUUGCCAGCACCAUCAGUGAUGUGGAGACUGCUGCAGAUAAAUGCGAGGAAAUGGAAGAGGGCUACAUCCAGUGCUCCCAGUUUCUAUACGGUGUUCAGGAGAAGCUGGGCGUAAUGAACAAGGGCACAGUGUACGCUCUGUGGGAUUACAAAACUCAGAACCAGGACGAGAUGGCGUUCAGCGAGGGGGAUGCCAUCACUAUCCUGCGGCGACAGGACGACAGUGAAACAGACUGGUGGUGGGCGCGACUCGAGGACAACGAGGGCUACGUGCCCCGCAACCUGCUGGGGCUCUAUCCGAGGAUCAAACCUCGUCAGCGCUCCCUGGCGUAGUUUAUCACUCCACUCUCACUCCACUGACCUCUGGCAAACAGCUGGACUUGUGACAAAACCAAGAGCAGAGAACAAAGGAGCCUGGUGCUCCGUCUUCUCCCGGUGGCCAUAUCCUCCCCCGGCCUUGUGCUUCUCACAAAAAUCCUUUUUUCUCUGAAGCAAUGGGCACACUGACGCACAUAUUUACAUCUGCACACACACAACGAAACACAAGCGCUCCAAAUGCAAAAACUUUUAAACCACUCCAUCCUCCUCCCUCCCCCCCCCCCCCCCUCCCCCCCUUCCACAGUUUAACCUAUUGCUUGUCAUUGUCCCAACUUGAUUUAACCGCGAUUCAGUGUCAGCUUUGUAUCAGACUUGAAGAAUAAAGCACUAACCUAUAACUCGGCAUUCCUUGCAGUGUUCACACUUCUUCAGCCAUUAGUUCUUUGAUGGCACUGGUUUACAUGACACCAGAUGGUGACUGGAAAAUCUUCUCUAUCAGUGAGAAGUUUCUGAUUUUUGUUAGUGAAAUGAGAUUUGAGUUAUAGUUAUAUGUUUUUCAUGCCAAUUUGAUCCCCUUGCAUGAACAAAAACACUAACGCAGAAAAAUGUGAUCCGUUUGAUUUUGCUGUAGUCUAACCAAAGACGAAUAUAGAAUUAACAAUUGUAAUUCUAUUACUCCCUAAGAACUUGCAGAAUUGUUGAGGUGAGAAGUGAGAUAAUCAAUUGCUGCUAUCAGAAAUUAUUGAUGAUUUUAAAGUCCUUCUAGAUAUUCUCAUGAUUUAGGAGGGAAAAUAGAAAAUGUUAAUCAUCAGUAUUAACUACGCAGGCCACACAGAACAAAUCCAGCGUAUUAAAGCAAAGAUGAAAAUAUAUUGACGGCUUGCAAAUAGUCCUGAAUCGUUGCAAGACUCGUUAUUUUUUUUUCAGUGCGAUCUGUUCACAAUCUGGAUGCAGGAGUAUUGUGGAUCAUCCAGUUCGUCUGUAUUAGGAGAGUUCAAAAAUGUAUCAAGCUUUGUGUGUUCAAAUAUUUACGCAGAGUUUGUAUUUUUGAUAAUCUGAAGAUCCCUGAAAUGAAUGGCUCAUGAUAUUGUGAUGGAAAUGGACAACAAAUUGUUUUUUGCUUUACCAAAAAAAGGUUGCCAAAUUGAUCAACUGUCUGCACAACAUCUGAAGAGUGUGUUUCAAGGUUACAAAUGUAAAUCUAUUAUAUUACUUUACAUAUUGCAGCAAUUAGUAAUUGGAAAAAAGUUGUUUUUAUAGUUUUAAAUUCCACAGUGGUGAGGCAGGAAUCGGCUCCAGAGACUGAAAGAUGCUAAAUAUUAAUGGAGUUAUUGGGUCAUUUUUGCUAUUUUCAAUUAAUUUACAGUAUGUAUAAUCUUUUUAGGCAUUUAUAAUAAGUUGGUCCUCACUUCAGAGAUUCAAAGUUUUUAUCUGACUUCAUGCACAAGAUUUUUGCUUUUGCUUCAAUUUCACUUGACGAGAAGACCUGCAAGCAGUAUCUCCACAUGAAAAGGCGAACUUGCAAAUAUUUGAUGAAAUCAAAAAAGGCUGAACUCAUCUCCCAAUUCACACUCAAUAUUAAUAACCUUUUUUUUUUUUACUGGCUCCUAAGUAGGUCUCUGGUCAUGUAACGCUGCAGUUAUUUUUCUGUGGCAAACAAACCCCACUUGAAACACUCAGGACCAACACGGUGCUGCUGACACUGUUCCACCACAAAACUAGUGAUCGUAUAUCUAUUUUCUAUCUCAACAAACAUCACCUUCAUUUAAGCAGCAAACCACAAAAAACACAGUCUGAAAAUAAAGAAAAAAAACUAUGAGCAUUGGGCAUAAAUUAUUGAUACAUGAAGAGAUGGUUAUUGUGUCUGAAGUGUUCAUUUUUAAUUUGUAAAUUUGCUUCAGACAAUCCUGAAUUUGCCCAGUUAUUUUCCUUUAGCUGCCCCCCUUUUCAGGUAUACACCAUUCCAGUAACACUAAUACAUGUGUCGUAUGUCACAUUUAUGGACAUCAAGAGUCCAUCAAUUUGUUCUGAACCUUGAGUGACUGAGUGUUAUGCCAAGUGUGCUAGUGGCCCAGGCUUUAUCAUGGCUUAAUCUGUACAUAGUGUUCUAUGUCUGUUUGCUGUAUGGACAAGUGGGCUUGCUGUAUAAACGCUGUACUCACACAUUGAAUUCUGUAAAUGUGAAUAAUAAAACAGAAGCUCUGGCAUGACUAAUGUA